CAAGCUUCAGUGUAUGCUGAUUGUCGGUGUUUAGACUUGUAAAGGACGCACAUAUUUGCUGUCUGGCUCUGUUUGCGUUCAGUGUGGAUUUAUUUCAAUUAGUUGCCAGCCAGAGAACGUUUUCUUAUCCAUCGCCCGUCAACGUUCUCUCGAUUUUGAGCAGCCUUUUGUUAUUGUAGGUUUCCCUUAAACUUGGGAAUCGGAAGCCCAACUUCCUUACUUCCCACUUCCGCAAGAGCCAGAACUUUGUUCCCAUCGAUCGACCGAGUCCGCCAGGCAGAACAGGACCCUGGCAAUACCCGCCGUAAUUAGCCCAUCGGAGUAAUUCCUUGUCAUCCACACAUUUUCUUCAGAUCAGAUAUGGUCGCCUUCAGUCCAUCUCGACUAACAAAGCCUUGUUGCUCUCAACGAUAUUGCCGCAAGGUCGUCUGCGUCUUGUUUGCUCUCAUCACCCUGAUCCCCACAUCGCAAUCCGCCACCAACGAUUCCUACAGCUACCUUGAUCCCAGAUUUGUUUACACUCCUAAGGAGAAAUGGCAUCUCAAUAAUACUUCGGCCGGCAUAGCGUAUACCAACUACAGCGGCGCGAAGGUGUCUACUAGCUUUGUUGGUUCGGCUGUUUAUCUAAGUAGCGCCAAGAAACCAAAUCAAUACACCCUGCAAGUCAUCAUCGACGAUGUAGAUAAAUACAUCGUUAACCUCAAUGGCCCUGACACCGAGAACGCCCCCCAAGAAGUUCUAUGGGGAGUGCAAUUAGUUGAAGGCAACCAUACUUUUCAGGCGAUCAAUCUGAAAGCUGAUCCCGACAGGCCAUAUGUGGCUUUCGCUUCCCUCACAAUCACCACCGGACAAACAGCAGCGACAAACAGUGCACCGGCGGUAACUUCCCAGCCAUUCCGUUCCGUGGCGGAAGUAAAUGACGACCAUGCUGAAAGGAACUCAAUCAUCAGAAGAGCCACAGGCGCGGUCGGGGCAUUGGUUGGAUUUAUCGCUCUGGUCUUUAUCGCCUAUCGUGCACAGCGUCGUCGUCACCAAAGACAACUUCAACAAGGUCUUCGCACUCACCCCCUAGCCACUCAGAAGUCAAACAGGCCAAACCCAGAACCUCCGAUGGUCGCCCCCGCGGAAAAUCUUCAUUACGUUACGAUUCGGCCUCAGAGCCCUGCAUACACCAUCCCAACCACCCACAUGGAUCCGGCUGGAAGCUUGUUGAUAAUUUCGGAAGAUCGACCUUCACCAGGGUCAUCCUCGGAAAGGGUGGAUGAGGCUGAGUUCUGGAGACCUCGGAAAACUUCAAAUUCAUCGCAUUAGCUCUGCUCACUGUCGCGAAAAUGCAGCUAUAUUGUUCUCAUCUUUUUCACUUUGUAAAUUAAAAAUCUAGACGGUAGAUACAUCACUAUCAUGUUUCAUCCUUUCAACACCACUCAUUCAGUCCUAAGAAAAAAAAUUAUCAUUCCUCUCUGCGAAGGAAAACACUUAUUUUGAAUACAUUAAACUGCUCAUCACCUUUAUCUUGAUUGUAAAUCUUCUGUAAUCUCUCAUCUUCUCCUUGGGCUCAUCAUCACAAGCAUUUGUUUUUUCAACUAAUUAUACAGAUGGUUAAUUUUUCUUUAUUACAAGCUCAACAAGCUUUAACCAAAGUGUCUAGUUGUAUUUGGCAUAACAAAAAAUCCAUCUUCUCAUAAUCCCAACAUUCUGAAAAUUCCCUUUUUGUGUGGCCUUUGGUCUCUUAGUUUGUGUUUGCCUUUUUGGUGUGGCUUUGGCUCCAGAUGUAGAGAAGGGCUGUGCCCCUCAAAAAAAAAAAAAAAAAAAACUCCUACCUCUAUUAGCACCAGUAUUUGUUUCCAGCUGCUCUUAUCUGUUAUAUGUUUCAUUUUCACAAAAAAGGCAACUGACUAAUCAGUAAUUUAUUUCUCUUGAUAUGCUUUCACUUCCUUCCUA